AUGUUGGAUGUGACGGAGCGUUCUUUGCCGAACUGGCUGUGUACCUUAACCGCCGCUGUCCAUCUCACUUGCUCGUCCGUCAACCUCAUCAUGCUGGUCAUGAUUGGAUUUACUCGUUGGUUUCUCAUAACCAAGCCGCUGUACAAAUUCAAGAAACUUUACAGACCCCGAAACAUCACAAUUAUGAUGACUUUCUCUUGGGUUUACUCCGCUGUAUGUGUCGUCAUUCCGCACUUUGUAGGACUGGGUGCGCUUGGGUUCUCCGUCCAGUUUAAGAUUUGCCAGUGGGAAGCCUCGAUGGAUCCUUUUAAGGAUGGCUACAGUCUUCUGUGUGGUGUCGGUGUGUUUUUCAUGUUUGUAAUUGUUGUCAUCAACUACACCCUGAUUUAUCGUUUUGUGAUCAGACACGGCAGGAAAAUGGAAGCAGUCAGGAAGAGACACAUCCGAACAGCACAACAACCCAAUGAUGCUUCCGAAGAAAGGGCAUCCACUUCAUCACCAAAGGCCGAAGACCAGGCGACACAAAUAACCCAGCACUCGCAAAGCGAAGGCAGUGUAUCUGCUUCUGUGACGAGAAAUCAAGAGUAUAGAGGUAAGAAGAAGGAGGACCGUGUGAUCAAGAAUCAGACGGUCGUGGUCACCAAGCGACUCGCCGUCAUCAUUUUGGCUUUCUUCUUUUGUUCCAUGCCAUUCGGUAUCAGCAUUCUUGUGACACCUCUGCGACCAGUAGUUCCGUGGACAUUCCCCAUCUUCUUUCUCAGCAACUGCAUUAAUCCAUUGAUCUAUGCUGGGACCAUGCCCGCCUUCCGCGAGGUGAUGGGGUGCAUCAUCCGCUGUCGCUAUGGCAACAUCCCAGCUUCCUUGAAUAUCCUAAGGUGCAAGGAAAAGUGA